AUGUGCCUGCUGGCUGCCCGGCAGCUGUUCCUGGAAAAGGGGCGACAAUGCACAGACUGUCUUUACCUCCUCCAAGCCAACAGAGGCAGGAAGAUGGGGCGUGUCCCAGACCCCCGCAGCACCUCAGCCCCAGUUGACACCACUGCUGAGCCCAGUCUCAUUCCAGACCUCAUUACCAGGAUCCCCUGGCCCCGCUGGGAACUCUUUAUCAUCGUUCUUGCUGCUGGAGUCCUCCUGGUCUCUUGUCUGCUCUGUGGUGUCUACUGCUGUUGCCGCCGCUGCCAACGCCGCAGGAAGCAGCCCAAAGACAAAGAAGCUGUGGGCCUGGGCAGUGCUCCCAGCAGCACCACUACUCACCUGGUUCAACCAGAUGUGGACUGCCUGGAGCCCUGCUCUGGGGGGCCGCAACAGUGGGGACGGCUGCUGCUCUCACUGGAGUAUGAUUCUGGAAGCCAGGAGAUUAGGGUGGGCCUGAGGCAGGCCGAAAACCUGAAGGCCGAGGGCACAGCAGACCCCUACGCCUGCGUCAGCAUUUCCACUGAGGCUGGGAGAAGACAUGAGACAAAGGUGCACCGGGGGACUCUCUGUCCCAUGUUUGAAGAGACAUGCCACUUCUCAGUCCCACCAGCAGAGCUGCCCGGGGCCACCCUGAAGGUGCAGCUGUUGGAUUUCAAGCGGUUCUCGGAACACGAGCCUCUGGGGGAGCUCCAGCUAUCCUUGGGCACUGUAGACCCUCAGCAUGUCCUGGAGAACUGGUACCAGCUGGGCCCUCCUGGUACCACUGAGCCUGAGCAGAUGGGGGAGCUGUGCUUCUCACUGCGCUACGUGCCCACCUCAGGCCGCCUGACUGUGGUUGUGCUGGAGGCUCGGGGUUUGAAUCCAGGGAUUUCAGAACCCUUUGUAAAGGUCCAGCUCAUGUUAAACCAGAGGAAAUGGAAGAAGAAGAAAACAUCCUCUAAGAAGAACACAACUAUGCCCUACUUCAACGAGGCCUUCACCUUCCUGGUUCCCUUUAGCCAGCUCCAGAGUGUGGACCUGGUGCUGGCUGUCUGGGCCCAUGGCCUGCAGCUCCGGGCUGAACCUGUGGGCAAGGUGUUGCUGGGUUCCCGGGCUUCGGGUCAACCCCUGCAGCACUGGGCAGAUAUGUUGGCCCAUGCCAGGCGACCCAUCGCCCAGUGGCACCACCUGCAGUCCCCCAGGGAGGUGGAUCGUGCUUUGGCCCUGAAGCCUCGCCUCCCCCUGCCUAGGCCUCGCUCCUAAAAGAACCCUAAUGGAGCUUCA